AUGAGCUCAAGAGAUAUUGAACACCCACGAACAGCAGACGAAUCAUCACCUCUCUUGGCCAACACCUCACCCUCUCAAGGUCAACAACAUCAACUUGAUCGUUCAAGCGACGAAGCCCCGACACAAAUCCGAAUCAUGGCCAUUCUGACGACUCUGGCGGCCGUCUACGGCGGCACGGCUGUUGCCCUCGGCGCUUUCGGCGCCCACGGCCUCAAGAAGCGGAUCGCGGAUCCCGCACGUCUCCAGAACUGGAACACGGCUGCUCAGUACCAACUCGUCCACUCAGUAGCAACCCUGGUAGUGGCCUCCCUGGCACCGCAGACGCGCGCCACGCGCUGGGCAGGCGGCCUCUUCAUUGCCGGCAUGACCAUGUUCUCGGGCAGCCUGUACCUCUUGACCCUGGACCCCCAAAAGUAUCGCUCCAUGGGUCCCGUCACCCCCCUGGGCGGACUGUGCUUUAUCGCCGGCUGGGCCGCCUUGGCCGUUGGGAGCCGUGGUCGUCUGGGCCUGGGUACAUUGGGUGCGCGUUAA